AUGCCCAUGGUUUUGGGACUACUGGCAAAUACAGUUCCUGCUGCAUUUUGGGUUCACUUUGAGCUUUUCUCGCGACCAAAGCUGCUUGAAGAAGUACGUGAAGAGCUAGAGCAGAACGCCCUCAGGAUUGGGGCUGAUGGUACGCACAUCAUUGAUCUAGGGUUCCUUCGCGAUAAUUGCCUACUUCUUCUAUCGGGAGACAGAGCUUGGUUGACUGCACAAGACUGA